UUUGGGCAAGGGCAGUCCGCAGCGGCUCCAAGUAGCACAGAUCUGGAUCGCAAGGAUCCAUGUCUUCUCCCCCGUCAGCCGCCAUCGCGCCCCUGCAUAGACUUUACUUAUAGAAGAAGAAGGUGAUCGGGAUGGAAGUAGGAGGACGGAAAGGCUUGGACUGGGUGAUCGGAGAUCGGGGGCCAACCCAGCCCGCUAAACGGGUGAGAGAGAGUGGUGGUGGGCAUCUUGUGUGUUUUUUUGUUCGUCAGCAGUUCAUCAAAAGAGUCCGUCAGCAGAACGAUUAUGCACACGACCGAGUAGCAUACAAAUUCUAAUCCUACUCACCGGACCGAGUAGCAUAGGAAUUCUAAUUCUAAUCCUACUCAGACAGCGGCCGGUGCUAUUAGCUAUAGCUUGCAACACCACCGUGAGCACCUCGCAAUCAAUCCAACAAGCAAUCUGCGUGCUCUCGCCGGAAACAAAAUCAGCUAAGAUCGAUGGCCGCUGUCGCGUCCCACGAUGUUGAGUUGCUAGACCUCGUGAGCUUCGGGCACACGCUCCGCCACCAUGGCCUCGUCGUGGCCCACGUCGUCGAGGCGGACGACCACGACUCUGCGGACAUCGGCACGUUCAGGCUUCUCCUCGCCGACAACACCGUCGUGUACAAGAACGCCAGCGACCUCAGGGUGGUGGACAGGAGCCACCUGCAGCCCGGACAGGUGGUCGGCUCGGCGUCCGGCGAUGACGGCCAGCUUGGCGUUGUCACCGGCGUCACCACCGUGCUAGACCUGGCCAAGCACGACAGCCGCCUCGGGGAGAUACAUGUCAUCCCAGGCGUGUCCCCGUCUGCCCUCCGGCGCGUACGGAGCUUCAACCUCGGCGACUUCGUCGUCUCCGGGCCGUGGCUCGGCCAGGUCGUCGAGGUCUCCAUCGACGUGGAUGUGAUGUUCGAUGACGGGGCGGUCUGCAGGGUCACCAACGCAGACUCCAACAAGCUAAAACAAGUGGACGCCGGCAGCAACACCUUUUUCUAUCGCCAUCAAAUGAACGCUCUCUUGGACCCCGGGGAGCUCGUCACCGCACCAGACCCGGGUUCCCUCUUCAAGGGGGCACGCUGGCUUAACGGCUCAUGGAAUCCUGACCAUAAGUUUGGCACCGUCACCAAGGUGGAGACGUCCGGCGUCCAUGUCUGCUGGAUUGCAUCCAUGCAUCAUGGCACCGACAAGGGGCUCGUCAAGGCAUCCGCCCCUUCGGCCUACCAGAACCCAAACGAUCUUACCUUCUUCUCCGCCGCCUUCAGUUGCAGCUGGGGGGUAGCCGACCGCUGCUUUUUCCGCAAUGGCAACGUGACCGAUGAUGAUGAAAGUGAAGCACCAACUGCGCAGGCGGGGGUGGAGAUUCCCAUGGUCGUCGCCAACACCCGUACCUCCGUCGACGUGCUAUGGCAGGACGGCACACUGCAACGUGGCAUAAGUUCAGCAACCGUCGUCCCCUCUGAGCUAGUGGAUGAAGACUUGUUCCCAGGGGAUCACGUCGUCGGCGUACUUCCUAUUGAUGCUACCGGCGACUCUGGAACCGAAUUAGCAAGGCCUGUGGGCGUCAUCAGGAGCCUGCACUACGGAGACCGGACGGCUUGUGUAUCAUGGUUGAACGAGGCUAGGGAGGACGUGUGCGACGAUACUGUGACUGUGUACGCCCUGAAAAGUGACUCUUCUUACCCGUCUGCUGACUAUGGAGACAUUGUCAUUCGUCUCCUGCCGUCGGGAUCAACCAGCGGUGAAAUCACGCCAUUGCUACAAGGCAACAAGAAGAAUAAUGCCGUUGCAGCAGAUCUUUCAUGGGUGGGACGUGUUGUUGACAUUCUCUAUGAUGGACACGUCCAAGUCAAGUGGGGCGAUGGUACCAUGUCAAUGGUAUUGCCCCAUGAGAUUGUCGUCGUCGAGGAGGAGCGCUAUUGGGAUCUGUUGGAUAAAAUGCACGACUGGGUAGUGGUUGAUAACAUCAUUGAUGCACCUGAAGAAUUGGCUGCGGCUAACACGCACACGGACCAUGAUUUACAGAAUCCAACCGAUGAUAACAGUACUGUUGAAGAUGACAACCCGACAACGAAGAGGACAGGCCUUUUGGGUCUCGCAACCCAGUCUUUGCUCCAAAUGACCAACGGCGUGGUGGCUCGAUGCAAAGGAUACAUGCAAUUGUCGUCAUCAACAAGCUCGAAGUUACCUAAGCCCACGUACGAAGAUACAACGGAGACCAUCGAUGCUGCCAUGACAAGGAACAUUGUCAAUGUGAACGGCCACAAUUUGGCUGAGGAGGGGGCAAAGGCAGAUGACUAG